GAGGGCAGAGCGAAUGGGAGACAGAGAGAGAGAGAGACUGAGGAAGAAGAGAAAGUUCAAAACAACCUUUAAGGAACAGAACCACGGAAGGAGAAAUGUGAUAAAGGAAAACUAAUGUUUUUCUUUUAAAAAAAGGGAGUUUUAGUUGGAUCUGAAGAGAAGUUCAUGCACUGAAAAAUUAGUCAACAUACAGGGUCGACAAUACAUCUUGCUUCUUGUCCUGAGACAUUGUGAACGAUGGAUUUUACACAUCGGCAGAACUCAUCGCCUCUUGCCUCCCAGCUCCACCAUGCUCCUUGCUAGUCGUCUGCAGAUGGUCGUCCUGUGUGCCUGGGUGCUGUUAGCUGGAGAAGCCAGCUUGUUCUCCGAAGGAGGGAAGACAGUGCCGUUGGAUGAAAGCCGAAAGGAAGGUGCAGCACACUCUUUGCCUGAUCCUGAGCUGGUCCAUACCCUCCACAGGACUCUGCUGAGCAGAUUGGGACUGAGCCAUCUCCCCAAACCCAAUCCUGCUGCCAUCAUCCCUCAGUACAUGCGUGAUUUGUACCAUUUUCACACCGGGGAUUACGGCAACAUCCAGGAUUCUAGCUUCACCCACUUAGGGAAACACACACGGGGCGCCAACACAGUGCGGAGCUUCCAUCACUUGGAUUAUUUCCAGGAGGUUCCCUAUCCUAAGGGAAGAGGUUUCCACCAGAUCGUCUUCAACUUGACUACCAUCCCUGACCGAGAACAUGUCACCUCGGCUGAGCUCCGUUUAUUCCGGGAGGCUGAGAUUGGGGCCAGUCCCGGUCUGGAUGUGGUGGCUGUUUACGAGCUCUCUGGGCCCCUGGGCAGAGGAAAGAUGGGGCGCAGGCUACUGGAGAGGCGCCUGCUACCCGGUAACCGGAGCCAGUGGGAGAGCUUCGAGGUGGGCCCGGCGGUGAUGAACUUGAAAGCAGGGCAUCAGCAAAGGCGGGGACUGGUGGCUUUCCUGGUCGAGAUGAGGUCGGGCCUGUCACCACGUGGGCGGCUGAGGGUCGGCAGGUCACCACGGGAGGCUGAGGAACCCCGCUGGCCACUCCUGGUCACCUAUGGCCGGGACAGUGGCGGUGGGAGGGCUUUGGGAUCCAGGCCCAAGCGGCAUGGCCUGAAGAAAGGGGCUCGGGCCAGAGUCCGGUUGCGUAAUCGGUGCCGCCGGAGGCCGCUGUACGUAGACUUCAAGAGGGUGGGCUGGACUGAGUGGAUCAUUGCUCCCCGUGGCUACAAUGCCUUUUACUGCCAGGGUGAGUGCCGGUUCCCGCUUGCCGAUCACAUGAACUCCUCCAGCCAUGCCAUCGUGCAGACACUGGUCAAUUCAGUGAACACUGACAUCCCCAAGGCCUGCUGUGUACCCACCGAGCUCAGCCCAGUCGCCAUGCUCUACCUAGAUGAUGAUGAGAGAGUGGUCCUCAAGAAUUAUCAGGAGAUGGCCGUUGAAGGUUGUGGAUGCCGCUGAGAAAACAAACCUUGCCUCCACCAGAUGCGCGACCAUUAUGUCAUGGGGGUAAUCUUCAUUGAGUAACUGAAUCAUUGCAGAUUUUCAUUGAGUCAUUGGGAAGUCUUCAUUAAGUCACUGGGAGUCUUCAUUGAAUCAUCAAAGAUCUUCAUUACAUCAUGGGGAGCCUUAAUUGAGUCAUUGAAGGUGGUCUUCAUUGAGUAACUGGGGUGAUUUUUAUUGAAUCAUAGGGGAUAUUCUUUAAGUCAUUGGGAGUCUUCAUUGAGUCAUAGUGAUGAUCUUCAUUGAAUCAUUGGGGAUCUUCAUUGAUUAAUCGUGCAGUCUUGAUACAGUCAUUGGAGGUGGUCUUCACUAAGUCUUUGUGGUCUUCAUUGAGUCAUAGUGGUGGUCUUCACUAUGUCAUCACUAAGUCUUUCAGGGGUUUUCAUUGAGACAUUGAGGAUCUUCAUUAAGUCAUUGGUAAUCUUCACUGAAUUAUGACAUGUUUUCGUUAAGUCAUACAACACAAAAGAUGUCCUUCAGUUUAUCAAGUCUGUGUCCACCUGGCCUACUUUCAUCCCACUUUCCUGUACCUAGUCCACAGCCUCCGAAGUCAUGACAUUUUGAGUGUGAGAUUUCUAUUACCCUCCCAGGAUUUUUUUGUUAAUAUAAGUUAUGCUGAGAUUUGAUAAGCCUGCAUGAAGGUUAUAUUCCAGGGUCUUCACUCAAAAGGAUACCCUCAUCAGUCCAGGCUUGUGCUGGGUACGGGAUUCAUCACUAUAUCCUUUCCAGCACAGUGCAGUCAAAUUGGACUCAACAUUAACUGUUUCUAUGUCCAAAUAUUCUACUAGUCACAUUAGGGUGGCACGGUGGCGCAGUGGUUAGCACUGCUGCCUCACAGCGCCUGAGACCCGGGUUCAAUUCCUGACUCAGGCGACUGACUGUGUGGAGUUUGCACGUUCUCCCCGUGUCUGCGUGGGUUUCCUCCGGGUGCUCCGGUUUCCUCCCACAGUCCAAAGAUGUGCGGGUCAGGUGAAUUGGCCAUGCUAAAUUGCCCGUAGCGUUAGGUAAGGGGUAAUGUAGAGGUAUGGGUGGAUGGCGGGUUGGUGUGGACUUGUUGGGCCGAAGGGCCUGUUUCCACACUGUAAGUAAUCUAAUCUAGACCUCCUGAGUUUCUCCAAUAUUGUUGUCAAGAAGAGUCAUGUUGGACUCAAAGAAGCAUAGAAAAAAGGCGCAGGUAUAGUCCAUUUUGCCCUUUGAGUCUGUUCCGAAACUCAGUAUGAUCAAGACUGACCAUCCAACUCAGCUCCCUCUUUCCGCUCUCUCCUCAUAUCCUGUAAUCCCUUAAAUUCUAAGAACUAUAUACCCAACAUUUAUGAAAGUCUUCAAUGUUUUGGCCUCAAAGUUUCCUGUGGCAGAGAAUUCCAUAAGUUCAGCAUCCCUAAGUAAAGAAAUUUCUCCUCAUCUCUGUCCUAAAAGGUCUAUCCCAUUUAUUUAGACUGUGACUCCUGGUUUAGGACUUCCUAGUCAUUCUCAAUAUCCAUCCUCAACACAUUAACUAUAUUUGUCUCUCCCACAGAUGCUGCCAAACCUGCUGAGUUUCUCAAGCAUGUUUUGUGUUGUUUCAGAUUUCCAGCGUCUGCAGCAAAGUGUGUUGGGGAGGUUCUAACAUAGUUGCCCCUAUCAGAAGCUAUUGACAGAAAGACUUGUGUUUGUGUGACACCUUUUCAUGGCCUCAGGACAUCCUUUGGCAGCUGACAAAUAAUCUUUUUUCCUAUGAAUGCAGUCGGUCUCUGUAGCACUGCAAAGAAACAUGACUGUCUAAUUGGUGCUUGUAGGAUAUUGCUGUGCACAAGUUCAUACUCAGACCAAGAUAAUCUGUCUUUUAGCAAUGUCGAUUGAGUGAUAAAUAUUGGUCCACGACACCAGGAAGAAAAUAAACCGUUGCCCCCAUUCUCCAUAGCCCAGCUCCCAUUGGAAACAGGAUAUUGUACACCCACCUGUGGGAGCAGGAAGUUUGAAGGUUCAACUGAAAGAUGAUGUGGAGAUGCUGCUGUCGGACUGGGUUAGAUAAAGUCAGAAGUCACAUGAUAUCAAGUUAUAGUCCAAUACGUUUAAUUGAAAUCACAAGCUUUCGGAGCAUUGCACCUUCGUCAGGUGAAGUCAUUGUGAUUUCAAAUAAACCUGUUGGACUAUAACCUGGUGUCAUGUGACUUUUGACUUCAUCUGAAAGGUGGUAAUGCAGCACUCCCUCAGUUCGAUACAGGGAGCGUUAGCCUGGAUUUGUGCUCAAGUCUCUGGAAUCAACUGACACCAAUAAUUACCAAUGUUUUUGUCGCUGUGAAAAUAAAGAAUGAAUUG